AUGGCGAAAAUUAUCCGCUAUGCUAUCGAAUCAAAAGAAAAGAUUGAACAACAACUUGUUCUCGAUCGAUAUUCAUUCUUCAUUGCCGAGGAUGUUGUUGUUGCUCCACCACCAAUACCUCCACCGCGACCGUCACCUUUGGAACAACCAACGGCCGAACAAUUCACUAUUGAUCAACUAAGAGAUCUAUUUAAACAAUUUUCUUUGACGGCACCAAGCGGUCUGUUGUCGACAAGAACAUUCAUCGAUUUAUAUUCAGAUCUUAUAUCAGUCACCGUCGGACAACGACCAUUACCUGAAGCAUGGAUCAAUUUGGAUCAAGUUCAAAUUGAAUUAUUAGCAACCAUGCUUUCCAAUGGUGCUGAAUUCAUUAACUGGCGUCUAUGGCUCCUAUUUGCUUCUCAACCAUGGCCUUAUCCUACUCAACAGGAUUUACUCAAUUUACUUUUUACCUACGCUAAUCAUGAUAGUGAUCGAACAGGUUUCAUAUCUCGUUCGACUUACAAUGAGAUUCCACUUUGGUUUUCAAUUGAACGUCCACCAACACCUGAAGAUCCCGCUUUACCACGUCCAUACGAUCGUGAAUACCAUUUGAAACAGUUCUGGUUCGAUCUAUUCGCUAUUGACGAUCGUAGUACAUGGCUACCAUACGAAGAUAUGCUUUUAUACUUAGCUUCUGUCCCUAAUCCAUUGCAUGGUUUUUACCGAGCACUUGCACUGGCAGAACGAACGCCAAUGCCAACAUUAAGAGAUCAAUUGCCACGUGUUGAGAUGCAUUGUAGUAUAUUGAAUACUCAAGAGUACGAACGUCUAGCAGAAAAAGAACGCGAACAAGCGCUUCAAAAUGAUAUUGAGAUAACAAACGAUGCACAUAUUUCCAUCGAUGGAUUGUUUCAAGUUUUACAUCAUGGUGAACGAAAAUUUGGAGAUACACAUCGAUUUGCCACAACCGAAGAUCCAGAAGACUUUGCUUCUAAAGUUUUACAUCAUGGUGAACGAAAAUUUGGAGAUACACAUCGAUUUGCCACAACCGAAGAUCCAGAAGACUUUGCUUCUAAAGAACGCCUUUAUGCUGUUUGGGAUGAGAUGGAAGUUGAUCGUUCUUCGAAAAUUCUUCUUUUUGCCUUGCUCAAUCAUCCUAUCGUGGCAGAUAUGAUCGCCAGCUGCUGUAAAUAUCGAGCACCGGACUUCCGACAAAUUCUCCACAUAAAACAAGCCGAUGAAUUGUCGGCUGCCGAUUCGCAUGGUCAUCGUACUCCUGAGCAAGGAACUGCGUAG